AGACGCAACUUUUUCACCUACUUUUCGCCCUCUACUCCAGCAAUGACCCAAUGAGUCUGAUUUCUUCCUUUAUUGUCGAUCCUGUGCUCAGAGCCGGCCGCCGCUUCUCCGGUGCUGGAGCUGCAGCUGCGCCUGUGCCGUCAGCCGGUGACGCAGCUGGACUGCCGUUAUCACAUGCCAAUCAGGACCCCAGCUCUGCGACCACACCACGAAGAGAUCGCGAUACAAACGCAAGUGCCGAAGCACCUGCAGCUCAUGUACCCCAGACUCCUAGCGCCCGAUCCGUUCCCCUGUUGGAAAGAGUCCGCAGAUACUCGUUAUUUACUCGGCGACCCAACGAUGUGAUUGUUGAUGACGAGACGGGAGAUGACGAAGGUGGGAUCAACACGACAACGACGGCGCCAAUAGAUAUCCGCGGCGAUGCAGCUAGCAUGUCCGCGAACCCGUCCCGCACACUCCAACACCGCUUCCGCAGCCUCGACCUCGACCCACCCGUCUCGAGCGCGCCUGCUGCUCCUACCGCGAUACAGGGCGCAAGACCAAGCGCUGCUGGUCAGAAUGCUGGCGCCAUGUCUGAGUCUCUGCCGGCCGACGAUGGCUUCACUCACUUGCGCGCACGCAUCCACGAGAUCCGGGCAUUGGAGAUCACGGAGCAGGAGCGGGCACAGAUGAUCCAUGGGCUGAUGAUCGAACGAUACAACCACAUGCGCCCAACAUCGCCGAGCAGCUUCAUCUCACACGACCGUCCCUUCACACCGACCUCUGGACACUCUGUGUUCUCCGACAAUCGUGCCUCUUCGCCUCUUUCUGCUGCAUCUGACAUCGAUGUCGACAAUCAUUACAAGCUGCGACCCGGCGACACCAGCCCGACAUAUCGCACAAUCGAGCACAACGACGAAGACGAUGACGAGGAGGACCACACCGAAGAAGAGCUCAUCCUGGGCUGCCGACACUACAAGCGCAAUGUAAAAGUCCAGUGCUAUGAUUGUCGACACUGGUACACUUGCCGACAUUGUCAUGAUGAAGUCGAGGGUCACGCACUGAACCGGAAGGCGACACAAAACAUGCUUUGUAUGGCAUGUGGAACAGCUCAAAAGGCAUCUGACACCUGCAAGAAGUGUGGCAUAGAGGCGGCGUGCUACUAUUGCGAUAUCUGCAAGCUCUGGGACAACAAUGCAAGGAAGAAGAUCUACCAUUGCCCCGAUUGCGGUAUUUGCAGACGUGGUGCAGGUCUUGGUAAAGACUACACACAUUGUCAGAGAUGCAACGUCUGCAUUACCAUAUCCCACGCAGAUUCGCACGUUUGCAUACCACGUGCUACCGACUCUGGAUGCCCCAUAUGUACCGACUAUCUGUUCACUUCGUCCGCGGCUGUCGUCUCGAUGCCGUGCGGGCACUACAUGCACAAGCAAUGCUAUACGCUGUACAUGGAAACUGCGUACAAAUGUCCAAUUUGCAAAAAGAGUGCUGUGAAGAUGGACUUGCAAUGGCGCAAAUUGACGUCGGCAAUUGAAGCUCAGCCUAUGCCAGAGCAAUUCGAAAACACCAGAGCAAUUGUCCAAUGCAACGACUGCUCGAGAAAGUCUUCGGUCAAGUAUCACUGGCUCGGUAACCAAUGCGAGAACUGUGACUCCUACAACACUAACGAGCUUCGAAUCCUCAACGGGCCUGAUAGUGAAGAGGCUGCCAACACACUCUUGGACGCCGACGCAAACUCAGGCACUAGGUCACCAGCCAGCGUCAGUUCUCCACAAUCGCAGGCACUUCGAUCACCCCGGUACUAUUUCCAGCCCGACGAGCCAGAAGAGACAUGGCUGCCAGGUCAGCUGCCUUCGUUUCCUUUUCAGAUGCCACAAUUUCCUGGCAGGCCACGCAUGCCGGAUAUGCCACAAAUGCCCCGCAUGCCUGGCUUCCCAUCUUUACCGCAGUUUCCACAGUUCCCAAAUAUGCCCCGGAUGCCGCAGAUGCCACAGAUGCCCCAAAUGCGCCGCGAUGCCGAGGAGAUGCUUGAGCGCUUUCGCCGUUCGAUGGACGCCUACCUCAACCCUACCGGGGAAGUACGAGACGAGCAUGUUCCGUUUAUCGAUCUCGGAGGUGACGAUAGGCGCGAGACAACACAGGCUACAGACGGCACGCAGGUCAAAGGCCCUUACCUACCUCAGUACUAUCUCGAGCGGUUCUCACAAGCCCUCACGCGUUUCCGCAACGAACUGAACCCUGGCAUGGAGGAGAUUCCCGAUUUGAAUCUUUCGGAGGAUCAACAUCCGGAGGGACUGCAGUUCUGGGGCGAGGAUGGCGGACGCCUCGAACGGCAGGUCAAUGCUGACGACGGGGCGUCAGACGAUGGGAGUAGUAGCGAUGGAAGUCAUCAUGAAGGAGACGACGACGACGACGACGAUGAUGACGAUGACGACAAUGAACACGAUGGGCACAAAAGAAAGACGGAUUGGGAUCUACCUGGACAUCUCUAACAGGUUCUGACGGCGUUUGGGCGGCAACAACAGGUUUUCUGGAGUAAGGGCUCAGAUGAAAACACAUGGAAAGCGGCAUUAUUGCAACAACAGAUAUAGCAUACCUAGAGAAAUCGGAAAAAUCAAAGUAGCAUUAUCUCAAC